UCGAGAGGCGGGGCCGCGGGCUCUGACGUCACGUGGCCGCGCCCCUGCCGCCCAGAUAUCUCCCGCGCCGCCCGCCAUCUUGUUUCCAGUGUUUGGAUUGCGGCCGGCGGUGUUGGGGGAACUGUGUGGCUCCGUAGGCGGGAGGCUGGGUACAGGGUCUAUUGUCUGUGUUUGACUCUGUAGUUUGGCCCGAGGCCUUCGCGAGCUAUCCCGGGGCCGUUAGCAGAAGCCGCAGCGGCCGUCCCCGCCCGUCUCAGCUGUCCCCCGGCCCAGGAGGGACCGACUCCGCGUCACGCCCCUCAGCGCUUGCGGCUCUCUUCUCUGUCGUUGGGUCCGCAUCGUGUUCCCGGAAUCAGACGGUGCCCCAUAGAUGGCCAGCUUUCCCCCGAGGGUCAACGAGAAAGAGAUCGUGAGAUCACGUACUAUAGGUGAACUUUUAGCUCCUGCAGCUCCUUUUGACAAGAAAUGUGGUCGUGAAAAUUGGACUGUUGCUUUUGCUCCAGAUGGUUCAUACUUUGCUUGGUCACAAGGACAUCGUACAGUAAAGCUUGUUCCGUGGUCCCAGUGCCUUCAGAACUUCCUCUUGCAUGGCACCAAGAACGUUACCAAUUCAAGCAGUUUAAGAUUGCCAAGACAAAACAGUGAUGGUGGUCAGAAAAAUAAGCCUCGUGAGCAUAUUAUAGACUGUGGAGAUAUAGUCUGGAGUCUUGCUUUUGGGUCUUCAGUUCCAGAAAAACAGAGUCGCUGUGUAAAUAUAGAAUGGCAUCGCUUCAGAUUUGGACAAGAUCAGCUACUUCUUGCUACAGGGUUGAACAAUGGGCGUAUCAAAAUAUGGGAUGUAUAUACAGGAAAACUCCUCCUUAACUUGGUAGAUCAUACUGAAGUGGUCAGAGAUUUAACUUUUGCUCCAGAUGGAAGCUUGAUCCUGGUGUCAGCUUCAAGAGACAAAACUCUCAGAGUAUGGGACCUGAAAGAUGAUGGAAACAUGAUGAAAGUAUUGAGGGGGCAUCAAAACUGGGUGUACAGCUGUGCAUUCUCUCCUGACUCUUCCAUGCUAUGUUCAGUCGGAGCCAGUAAAGCAGUUUUCCUUUGGAAUAUGGAUAAAUACACCAUGAUACGGAAACUGGAAGGACAUCACCAUGAUGUGGUAGCUUGUGACUUUUCUCCUGAUGGAGCAUUACUGGCUACUGCAUCUUAUGAUACUCGAGUAUAUAUUUGGGAUCCACAUAAUGGAGACAUUCUGAUGGAAUUUGGGCACCUGUUUCCCCCACCUACUCCAAUAUUUGCUGGAGGUGCAAAUGACCGGUGGGUACGAUCUGUAUCUUUUAGCCAUGAUGGACUGCAUAUUGCAAGCCUUGCUGAUGAUAAAAUGGUGAGGUUCUGGAGAAUUGAUGAGGAUUAUCCAGUGCAAGUUGCACCUUUGAGCAAUGGUCUUUGCUGUGCCUUCUCUACUGAUGGCAGUGUUUUAGCUGCUGGGACACAUGACGGAAGUGUGUAUUUUUGGGCCACUCCACGGCAAGUCCCUAGCCUGCAACAUUUAUGUCGCAUGUCAAUCCGAAGAGUGAUGCCCACCCAAGAAGUCCAGGAGCUGCCAAUUCCUUCCAAGCUUUUGGAGUUUCUCUCCUAUCGUAUUUAGAAAAUUCUGCCUUCCCUAGUCGUAGGGACUGACAGAAUACACUUAACACAAACCUCAAGCUUUACUGACUUCAAGUAUCUGUUUUUAAAGAUGUAGAAGAUUUAUUUAAUUUGAUAUGUUCUUGUACUGCAUUUUGAUCAGUUGAGCUCUUAAAAUAUUAUUUAUAGGCUACAGAGAUAUUUCUGAACAUAUCAAAUAGAAAUUUUUUUAAAGAUCUAACUGUGAAAACAUAAACAUACAUGUAUAUAUUUAGAUAUAAGCUGCUAUAUGUUGAAUGGA